AUGAAGCUCAUCAACGUACUGCUCGCCCUCAUUGCUGCCACAGUCAUGGCCGCUCCCGCGGCACCACCUGCAGACAUCGUCGAAAGGGGUGUGUCAGGAAGUGGCGGGACGCGUGGAGGGGGCUUCAGACGCUCGGCGAUCGAGGAUAUUGAGGCAAGAGGUGUCUCUGGCGCAGGUGGCACGCGGGGCGGUGGCGGCUUCAAGCGUGAAGCCGAUCAGGGUAUUGAAGCGAGGGGGGUGCGUGGCAGUGGUGGUACUCGAGGCGGCGGGUUCAAGCGUGAAGCCGCUGAGGAACUUCAAGUUCGUGGCGUCGGCGGCAGCGGCGGCACCCGAGGUGGUGGAUUUUAG